UUGAUUAAAAUAAAUAAAUGUCGGUGUUAAUGGAAAAUAUAAGGUAUUGAUUAAGACAAACCAAAACCUAUAAUACUUCUUUAUGUCUUUUAACAGACAGCUUUUCAAUCAGCCAUGUCAUGUUGAGUCAUCAGAAUCUGACUUGUAUCAUUUGCAAAUACUAUAAAGAAGCUCUAAUGAAUCAACAAAAGCGACCUCUCUUUAUGUAAUUAAAUUUACGUGAAAUUUCUGUUACUUUAGACUGAUUUGUGAUUAAUUAACUAAUGAGUUUUGCUAUAUAUGAAAAUGACAAAUUUAUCUUUUUGCACUUGGCCCAUAUUUUGCACAGUUAACUAAACCGUGACCGAUUAUUUAAUAUAAUUAUUCUUCUUUGUUUUCUUCUGUUUGUUAUAUCCUGCUAUGAUUUUUGAAUAUAAUUUCUUUUUACAUAUUAUAUAUCUCAUGUAGAUAAUGUGAUUCAUAGAUAAUCUCUUUAUAAUUAACAUUGAUACAUGAUCCGAUGUGAUUUUCGCUAUUACUAAAAAGUUGUAUUCUAGUUUAAUUCUAGCUAGUGAACUUUAUACUUGUUGAUAUAAAGCAGUAUAGUUUACAUCAGUCAAUUAUAGAAGAGAACAAAAUGUUAUCCUUUGCAACCGUUUGCGUAAAAAUGUAGCUUAGUCAUAGAAAAGAAACUUACUUUUAUCCCCCUUUACAUUAUAAAAGUAGUUAAUAAUGCUAUUUCAUUUGGGAGUGGUGUUAAAUUAAUCGGAUAAACAAUAUUUACUCGUGGCCCCCAUAUUUUGGAGAAUUUGUUCAAAGCCCAUAAUGUUUUACUAGAGAAAGACUUUCUUGUUUUAUUUCUGUUUGUCUUCUUCGCUUUUUUCUUUAUUGAGCUCUGAACACACACACAAACACUAGUAUGUACAAAUGCAUUCCCUCUUUAAAACCAAGCUCGAGAAUUAACCAAGUUCACAAAAUAAGAUGGGUGAUUGGCUAUUUAUUUAUAGAAUUAUGGUGAAGGAAAAUAUUCGGAGGCUUUACAACAGGGCUGUAGGCCUGCUAUCCGAGCCCAAAUUAAAUGGAGCUGAGCCCAGUAGUGUGGAGCCCAAUAAGCCCGACGCAAUAUAUACUUCUUGGCUGAAGGAGCAUCCUUCAGCACUAACUUCGUUUCAAGCGAUGACGAGCGCGAUGGCGCAAGGGAAGCAAAUAGUCGUGUUUUUGGAUUAUGACGGCACGCUUUCUCCCAUCGUUAGCGAUCCCGACCGCGCCUUCAUGUCUGAUGCGAUGCGGUGUGCUUUACGUGAGGUGGCGAAACACUUUCCAACAGCCAUAAUAAGCGGCAGAAGUCGGGACAAGGUGUAUGGAUUUGUAAAGUUGGAUGAAGUUUACUAUGCUGGGAGCCAUGGAAUGGACAUAAUGGGGCCUCCUUCGCAUGUAAAUUCUUAUGAUGGCAAAUAUCAAACAAACACAAUGGAUAAAAAGGGCAACGAAAUUACAAUUUUCCAACCUGCCAAGGAGUACCUGCCUACAAUUAAGAAGAUGUUAGAAGAGAUCAAACAAAGAAGCUGCGACAUCCCUGGUGUUUUUGUGGAGGACAAUAGGUUUUGUAUCUCGGUGCAUUACAGACAUGUCUUGAGCGAGGAUUGUGGAGAUCUGGAGGAGAUAAUACACAACUUGCUUUCAGAAUAUCCUAACUUUCAUCUAACUCGUGGGAAGAAAGUUUUGGAAAUUAGGCCUUCAAUUAAGUGGAACAAAGGUGAUGCUUUGGUAUACCUUCUUGAAACGCUAGGGUUCUCGAAUUCUAGCGAUGUCCUUCCCUUCUACAUCGGCGAUGAUAAAACUGAUGAAGAUGCAUUUAAGGUUCUUAGGAGUAGAGGACAAGGCCAUGGUAUUCUUGUGUCGUCGUCUCCGAGGGAAACUUCAGCUUCAUAUUCUCUACGAGAUACCACAGAAGUGUUAUCGUUUUUGCUUCGUUUGUCUAGGUGGACUGACACAGUACUAAUGUCCAAGUGAUUUAUGGAAAUUAAUUAAUGUGUUGGAUUUUGUACAUUAGAUGUAGGGAUAUAUAAUUAAAUGAAGGGAAAUUCGAAUGGGGCUAGUUUUUUAUAGCCGCCAUGCAUUUUCCCUACGUUUGAAUACUCGUGUUGCUUGAUUAUUUUUACAUACUACUACAUGUUUUCUUUUU